CUGAGCAAUGGAGAUGUAUUGAGAUGCAGUCAGUCUUUCAUGAUGACCAACCAUGAAGUGCCCCUUGCAAAACCUCCUUCUGCCUCCACAUCAUGUCGGUUGCCAACAGCAGCCAUCCAAUGCUUCUUGCUCUGUUGCUCCGGCAAUCGGGGGCCGUCUGUUUGGUGAUGUUUGUUGACUGCAUACACAUGUACGAAUGAAUGAAUGAAUGAAUCAGAGCGAACGUCAAACAUUCCAUUCCUUAUCUGCCUCCGAUCCGGAAGAAGAAAAGUUUCGAAUCAGCAGGAGAUGCCAGCAGACCCUUCACCAUCCGCCCCAACCACUUCUUAAGACGAGAUACGAUAAGCUGACCUGACCAUCCAAAAAAAAAAAAAAAGAAAAAGAAAAAUUAGAAAACCAUGAACACCACCACCACCACUGACGAGCAGCGUGGACAGCGAACCAAAAGAUCCAAUCCACCCACCACCAAGGAUCAUCAGCCGGCCUGGGUCGUACAGAAGUACGGAGGAACGAGUGUCGGCAAGUUCCUCCCGAACGUCGCCACCCAAAUCUUGCCUUCUACCCUCGAUGCCGGUCAUAGGGUCGCAAUCGUCUGUUCGGCCCGCUCCGGGAAUACUAAAUCGACUGGAACGACUAACUUACUCCUUAAGGCGGCCUUGGAAGCACUCGAAAACCCCAGCAUCCAGCAAUCCCCCUCCCAGGCCACCUUCUCACCCACUACCACUCACAGCACUCCCAACGGACCCAACCCAUUGAUCCUCUCUCAGAUACUCGCACGACGAGGCUCGCCAACCCCUCGUCUACUCUCGAGGACCAACUCCACCGUCAACGGCUUCACAUCCCCCAACUUAUAUCCCAGCCAAAACUCCCCCGGACCUAACUUAAAUAAUCUCUCCCUAGACUCUGCUCACCAACCCCUCGAAGAACAUAACGCCCCAUUCGACAAAACCAUCGAAAUCCUUAGAGCUGAUCAUCUCAAGGCUGCCUCUGAGUUGAUCUCUGAUGAGAAUCUCCUCUCCGAUCUCCAGUAUGACAUCACCUACGAUUGCGAAAGACUACGCAGUUUGCUCUUAGCUACUCAGAUUUUGGAAGAAAUCUCCCCCAAAUCAAAGGAUUUGAUCAUCGGAGUAGGAGAAAAACUAUCGUGCCGACUGGUGACGACCUACUUGGCAGAUCAGGGAUUCGAUGCCGAACUAGUUUGUCUGGACAACAUAGUCGAAAAAAUAGAAUUUGAAGCCCCAGAUGGGGAUCCGGAUGGGUUCUAUCAGACAGCAGGAGGCCAGCUCCGCCAACCAUUCUACGAUCGCCUAGCUUUAAGACUUGGAGAACGGUUAAAGCAAUGCGAAGAUCGAAUCCCAGUGAUCACCGGAUUCUUUGGCGUCGUGCCAGGAUCACUCUUGACGCAGGUUGGCCGUGGUUAUACCGACUUGUGCGCCUCGCUUUGUGCCGUAGGUCUCGGUGCUGCAGAACUCCAGGUUUGGAAAGAGGUCGAUGGCAUCUUCACUGCCGAUCCGAGAAAGGUUCCCAAAGCUCGACUGCUCAGUGUAGUCACACCCGAAGAAGCUGCAGAGUUGACAUACUAUGGCUCCGAGGUUAUCCAUCCCUUCACGAUGGAACAAGUCAUCCGAGCCUCGAUUCCCAUCCGGAUCAAGAAUGUCAUGAAUCCAGUAGGACAUGGGACGGUGAUCUACCCAAACCGAUCGAUCCCCUCAUCCCCCAAGUUAGUCGAGAUCACUGGGGGGUCGGAUGGGAUCAACAGCAAGGCGCCAACGGCGAUCACGAUCAAGGAAGAUAUCGUCGUGCUCAACAUCCAUUCGAACCAGAAGACGAUCUCCCAUGGGUUCUUUGCAAGAAUCUUCGGCACCUUGGAUAAGUUCGGCAUCGCCGUCGACCUCAUCUCCACCAGCGAGGUUCAUGUCAGUAUGGCCAUCAUGGUCAAUGAGAUCUACAGGUUCAAGGGCUUAGAUCGGCUCGUCAAAGAACUUAAAGAUAUCGGCGAGGUCUCCGUCCUCAACCAAAUGGCCAUCCUCUCCCUAGUCGGUCGAAAGAUGAAAAACAUGGUCGGGAUCGCUGGGAAGAUGUUCAGUACUCUGGCAGAAGGGAAUGUGAAUAUCGAAAUGAUCAGUCAAGGCGCAUCCGAGAUUAACAUCUCUUGCGUGAUCUCCAAACAAGACUCGAUCAAAGCUUUAAACAUGGUCCACGAUACACUCGUCAUCAACUCUUCCUCUUCUUGAACACCAAACAUUCUCCAAUCCAAUCACGUUUUUUCUUCGUCUCUUUACUUGAAAAUGUUUGGGUUUCUUCCUUGGAAUUUCAUUAUGUACAUCUACGUUAAUAUCUUUUCACGAAAGUCAUGCGAAAACACAAAACCAAAAAACGAGGGUAGAUGAUCGAUCUUAAUCAUUUCGUAU